GAUUUCAAAUAAUAAUAAGAGCUUUAUUUCCAAACACUAAAAGAAAAAAAUAAUACUGAAAUUGUCAAUUUGUCAUGGAAUGGAUGACUAGUUAGCUGAGCUAUAAAAUUGAGUCAAAAAAAUCUAAAAAUUUCCACCUAUAUAAGAAUGAGAUUAUUGUGCAGAGUCACGAAUAUGAAGCGAGUUAUCCCAGAAAAAAGGGGAAAAAGAAGAGAAUUUUGAAAAUAUGUUGAAUGGGAUAAUUAACAUAGUUAAUUGCACUUAAAAAAUAAUAAAUUGCAGUUAAGUAUAAUUAGAAAUACUCAAGACCAAAGCCCUUCCCUCAAAGACUCGAUUCUUUUCUUCCCUAUAUAAAACGAAGGCACAGCCAUUUCUCAAAAUCAGAAAUAGCAGCCCAUCUCUCUUCCCUUUCUCUCUCAUCGCAGAUUCGCAGGGGCAGAAUGGCGGAGCAGAAAGCAACACCGCUGCUGAAGGAGGAGUUGGACAUUGUGAUUCCGACAAUCAGAAACCUGGAUUUCUUGGAGAUGUGGCGGCCCUUCUUCGAGCCGUACCAUCUCAUCAUAGUUCAAGAUGGCGACCCCUCCAAAGUCAUCAAAGUCCCAGAGGGUUUUGAUUACGAGCUCUACAAUCGCAACGACAUCAACAGAAUUCUUGGGCCCAAGGCUUCCUGCAUUUCCUUCAAGGACUCUGCUUGCAGAUGCUUCGGCUACAUGGUCUCCAAGAAGAAGUAUAUCUACACCAUCGAUGACGAUUGCUUCGUUGCGAAAGACCCGACCGGGAAAGACAUCAACGCUCUCGAGCAGCACAUAAAGAACCUCUUGAGUCCAUCGACUCCACAUUUCUUCAACACCCUAUACGAUCCGUACAGGGAGGGCGCGGACUUUGUCCGUGGCUAUCCUUUCAGCAUGCGUGAGGGCAUCUCCACUGCUGUUUCUCACGGCCUUUGGCUCAACAUCCCCGACUAUGAUGCUCCCACUCAGCUUGUCAAGCCCCGUGAGAGGAACACCAGAUAUGUGGAUGCUGUCAUGACGAUCCCCAAGGGCACCCUCUUCCCGAUGUGUGGCAUGAAUUUGGGAUUCAACCGUGAUCUCAUCGGACCUGCAAUGUACUUUGGACUUAUGGGGGAUGGUCAGCCAAUUGGGCGAUACGAUGACAUGUGGGCCGGUUGGUGCACCAAGGUGAUAUGCGACCACUUGAAUCUUGGCAUCAAGACGGGGCUGCCCUACAUUUGGCACAGCAAGGCGAGCAACCCGUUUGUGAAUCUGAAGAAGGAGUACAAGGGGAUCUACUGGCAGGAAGAUAUCAUCCCGUUUUUCCAGUCCGUGAAGCUUCCAAAGGAGUGCACGACGGUGCAGCAAUGCUAUCUUGAACUGGCGAAAGAAGUGAAGGCGAAACUCUCCGACAUCGAUCCUUACUUCACCAAACUGGCUGAUGCUAUGGUGACAUGGAUUGAAGCUUGGGAUGAGCUCAACCCUACUGGACCAGGGGCUUCUGCUGUUGCUGCUAAAUAGAUUUGCAUCUAAAUUUAUGUCAGUAAUUUUAGUUUAUUUUGUUUUCUAUCGUUAUUUUUAAUCCUCAGUUGGUAGGGUUGAUCGGAGAUGUUGGUUAAUCUAUUUAGCCAAUUAUAACUUAUUGAGAUUUUUGUCUUUAUUUGAUAUUAUGUCAAUUUGGAUUCGAGUUUUAUUAAUAUAUUUUUCCAUAUACUGAUA